AGAGAUCGAACCCCAUUCAUCUUGACCUCUGACAUGGCUUACGUCAUCAACGGCGGUGACAAGCCGACUGAAAGGUUCCAGAAGUUUCUCGACCUCUGCUGCCAGGCUCUCAACGUCAUUCGGAGGAAUAGCGGACUCUUCAUUAAUUUAUUGUCGUUGAUGUCACUAUCUGGCAUACCGCGAGUUGAUGGUAAGGCGCCAUAUUACGUAAGAGAUGCCCUCAUGCCAGAGAGAUCUGACGCUGAAGCUGUCGCGGAAUUCAUCAGGAUGGUGAACACGUGCCUGAAGUCACUCUUCACGCAGUUCAAUUUCUUCCUGCACAACCUGGCCCAGAUGAAGUUCUCCGGACACGACGAAGGAAUGCUACUAUCCUUCGUUCCUAAGACCUACAGCAUUCAAAUGGACGGACGGAUUGUUGGAUUGGAGUUGGCGGGCAUUCAGAAGAGAUACAAUCCAGAAAAAUAUUACAUCUACAUAGUGAGGGUGUAUCGGACCAAUCAGAAAGUUCCAUCCUACGUUCUCAGGAGGUUUUCCGAGUUUCAGGAACUCCACCGGAAGAUCAUAUCCACCUUCCCGCUCGUUCAGUGGCCUACUUUAUCCGGAAAAUUCAUCUUGGGUCGUUCCCAUGUUAAGAGCGUGGCGGAGGCUCGGAAGUCCGAGUUGGAAGUCUUCAUCAAGUCCCUUCUCAACAUGACUAAGGAGAUAUCUGAGCACGACCUCAUCUACACAUUCUUCCACCCAAUGCUGAGAGAUGAACAGGAGCUGAAAACGAACCAACUCAAACUGAAAGAGGUGCCACAGUCGCCAACCUCGCCAGGGGGGGCACGCCACACGGCCAGGGUCAUCGACGGCUCCAUCAAACUGAACAUCUUCUACAAGACGUACGGGUUGACCGUCAUGGUAAUGCACGUCAAGGGCUUGGGCCUGUCCAGUAGCGGUGACCCACCCAGUCCUUACGUCAAGUUGUACCUCCUACCAGACCCUAUGAAGUUGACCA